AUGGCUCCUCGCCACGGCGCUGAUGUGCCAGCUCGACUUGGCGCGGAUGCUGAUGCGAGCGCGUGCGCUGGUAAGCCAAGGAGACUCGAUCGCGACUCUGCCAACGCUUCGAUCAAUCGUGCCAACACCGCCUGCCGAUCACCCGAUCACCCGAUCACCCGAUCACCCAAGCGUUGCGCGGGCAAGCCUGCUGACUCGAAUUCUUGCGACGAGUAUCCUUAUGCCUCGUCACAGGAAGGCGGUGCUGGCAGUGUGACUCGAUGCGUUGCCAGCACAGAAAACUCUCGCCAGGCAGGAACGCUGAGCAGUUUCUAUACCAACAAUGGCGUGAUCGAUCGAGAUGCUUACAAUGUCGCUUUUGCCUCGACGCCGGGACUGCAAUACUGCUCUGCUUCUUGCACCAACACUGGCAACCAAGUCACCAAGCGCAAUCUCGCCAUCGCAACUCAGCACAUUGCCCGUCACUUUUUCACCGACCAGGGUCACCAACUCACCAGUAAUGUUCGAACGAGUGGACAGAUUGAAACGCACGCUUGGCUCGCCCAUGAGGAGCGCAACGUCACUAUUGCCAGCGAUCUUGCUUCUGCUCCGUAA